AUGACCUAUUUGAUGGGCACCUACAAAUACAAUUAUUUCCUCGAUGACAAGUGCAUUACCUUUGAUCACGACAAACAGUUGACCGAUGGUUGUAACGACGGUCUUGUUCCACAAAUGGCAUAUUAUGAAAAAUACUCUUCAGUGAAUUGUCCAACUGGGGAUGUAGAUGAUAGUCCAGUUAGAAUAUCACAUGUAUUAAAUACAUGUUUAACCAAUGAAAUUACAGAAACAUUUACAAAAGUGUCGAGUGUUGCUAUGACCAAAUUUAACAUAUCGGGUAGUAUGACAUAUUCGGCUGGAUGCAACUUGGCUCAGGUGUUACCCAUUUCAUAUGACUGUUCGGCGUAUCCGACGUAUGGGUACAAUCGAGGGUUCAAUGUACCUACACUCGAGUUGAGAUACAACUAUACCAUCGGCUACCAAAAGAUAGAGAUGAGUCCAAUCGUAUCGACGUGGGGUAACAACUACCCACUCGACUAUCAGAUCAAAGCGUACAUCUCUGGCGACUCUCCAAAGAUAUUGGCUUAUGGAUGUGCAGAUGGAUGCACAUUGGACUAUAGCGAGGUAUCCCAAACAUUUACUCUUAAAAUUGAACUGGGUCAACCACACAUUGGUUGGGUUUUCGAUCCACCAUCAUCUUCUAUCACAAUGUAUGAUAAUUUAACUUUACCAUCAAUAACAACGAUCCUUGGAAAAGACAAUAUUACUAUUCAAUGGGAAUGUUUGGGUGGAGUACCUGGAGAGACAGUGUAUUCAGUUUAUUUUGGUGUGCCGGGUAAUCCAGCACUUCAAAUGAAAGAUUUCACAUCCAACACUGCAACAUUCUCAUCUUUGAUUCCAUCCACAUUGUAUGGGAUUGUUAUAGCUGCCACCAAUGGUAAUUUCCCAAGUGUUUCUAUAGUGACUAACGCCAGGACAAGUGCCGUUCAAAUACCCAAUCUUUGUACACAAAAUUGUGGAGAUUUUGGAAAGUGUAAUAUGACGAGUGGAUCUUGUGAUUGUGUGACUGGGUAUACCGGUCCAUUAUGUAAUAUCGUUUUAAACGAGACUAUACCAAUUGAAAACACAAAUGUCACCACAUCAACUACCAAACCAACCGUUGUACUCGGUCUAGGCAACAAAUCAUUCAAUUUUGAGUUGUCGGGUAUUCGAGAGGUUGACAUGGACGGGAUGGUCAUCAACCAAGCCAAUUUCUCAACUCUUCCAUGGUCAUAUAGUACAGCUACCAAUAUUUCCAUUCAACAUCCAGUCACCAACCAACUGUACAUUCAAAAUGAAUGGAAUUACACCAUCUAUGAAAACACUACUGCCAUUGUACCAUUUAAAAAUCUAUCCAUUUCAUUUAUUCAAAUUAAACCAAUCGUUGACAACAAUAAUACAGGUACUACAGGUGCUUCUAGUUUCCCAAGACAAUUUGCAGGAAUCAUGUUGGAUAUUCCAAUUGGAGCCAUUAAAUAUAGUAUCGAUUUACAUAGUUGGGCAUUUGAUCAACGAGUCAAUACAUUGGAAUUUGUUAGUCUAUUCAAUACAUCGGAAUUACAAUGCGGGGAGGUAUCAUUGGAUGAUACCUUGAUUGUUCAAGGACAAAACUUGUCACAGAUUAGUAUUGGGUCGACUGGUACACGGUAUACUGGUAAUAUUGUCAAUAGAGGUAUUGUAGAUAACAUCUUUACAACUAUCCGUAGUCGUUUUGAUAUUGUAGAUGGUCAAACCUACUUAAUUACUCAAACCCCAUAUCAUAAUGAUUUUAUUCAAUUGGAUCCUGAUCUAUCAGUACUAGUUCAACCAAAUUUCAAUGGUAAAGAUGGAUGUAGUCCAUCCAAUGAAUCAAAAACUAGUUGGCAACUUAUAGUUGGAGUAGUUGUCGGUGUGGUCGGUGCUGCUAUCAUUUCAAGACAUCGUAUUAGUAGAUCCAUCAAAAUUUCAAUGAAACUUCGUAGUUAA